CGACAAUAAGGACUGCACGAUGGCUCAGGGCCAGUGUGAACAUUGUUCAGGACAGUUGACGGAACUGUCACUUGCCCAAUCGAACGAGCGCUGUAGGAUAGCUGAGGUUGCCCUGGCAAACUUGAAGAGCAAAUAUGAGAAUGAAAAGGCCAUGGUCACCAAAACCAUGAUGAAGUUGGAUAAAGAGCUGAAGGGUCUUAAAGAAGAUGCUGACACUUUCUCCUCUCUCAGGGCAGAGUUCGCCACCAGGAUUGAUGAGUAUGUAACACAAUUGAACGACAUGGAGAGUCAGCUGGCUUGCAGCAGAAGAUGAGAAGAAGACUCUGAACUCCCUCCUGCGUUUGGCCAUCCGGGAGAAACUGGCCCUCACUCAGCAGACUGGAGGAUCUGGAGUUUGACCACAAGCAGUCCCGAAGAGGAUCCGGUGCUGGGCCAGGUGGCCGUGGAAAAGGGUCCUCUGCCACACCCAGAUGAAGCCUAUCAAUUUUCAGCCCCCCAUGUAAGUCCUAGACUUCCCAGUAGGAACCGACCAAAACCACACGGCCUCAUUGGAAGUCCUGCGGUUUUCUGCAGUGAGAAGUAUAAAAUUCUGUGUGACGCUGGAUCCGAUUAACAUCUGUGUGUAACUGUUACUCAUCGGCAUCCUCAUA